AUGUCACCUGCCGCCCGGGGAUCGCAGGUCUCCUCCCCGGGGCUGCGGCUGCGACCCGCUCUCCCUGUCUCCUGCCCCGCGGGCGGGGCCGGGCCCAGCCCCAUGGCUUCCCCCCUGGGCAGCCCUCUCAGCGCGGGGCAGCGGCGGACAGGAGCAGGAGGCCUGGCUCCGAGCCCCAGCUCGGCCGGGAAGGAUCCGAGCGUGGAGCAGCAGCUCGCGGUGGCUCUUCGGAUUCGUCCAAUCAAUGAAGCCGAGCUGGAGGAAAACGCUGCUAUCAUAGCCCACAGAGUGGGUGACCAGAUGGUGGUUCUGAUGGACCCAAGUGAAGAUCCGGACGACAUCUUGCGAGCCAAUCGAUCCCGAGAGAAGACAUUUAUAUUUGAUAUGGUUUUUGAUCACAAAGUGACCCAGGAGGAGGUGUACGUGUCCACGACCAAAAACUUGGUGGAAGGAGUCAUUUCUGGAUACAAUGCAACCAUUUUUGCAUAUGGCCCAACAGGGGCAGGGAAAACCUACACUAUGCUAGGGACAGACUGUGAUCCUGGGAUCUACAUCUGCACCCUAAAUGACCUCUUUAAAGCCAUUGAGGCAACCAGUGACAACAUGGAUUACACUGUCUCCAUGUCGUACCUAGAGAUUUAUAACGAAGUGAUCCGUGACCUCCUGAAUCCAUCCUCUGGAUUCCUAGACCUCAGAGAGGAUGCUAGGGGUAACAUUCAGAUAGCAGGAAUUACUGAAGUCUCCACUACAAAUGCGCAGGAGAUCAUGCAGCUGUUAACAAAAGGAAACAAAGAACGCACUCAGGAACCCACUGCUGCCAACAAGACAUCUUCCCGCUCACAUGCAGUCCUCCAGGUCACAGUGAAACAGAAGAGUCGGGUGAAGAAUACUAAUGAGGAAGUGCGAGUGGGGAGGCUUUUCAUGGUUGACUUGGCAGGGUCUGAGAGAGCAGCCCAGCAGACUCAGAACCGAGGCAAGAGAAUGAAGGAGGGAGCCCAUAUCAACCGCUCGCUGCUAGCUCUGGGGAACUGCAUCAGUGCCUUGAGUGAGAAGGGAGGAAGUCGGGCCCAGUAUGUCAACUUUCGAGACAGCAAACUCACACGCUUGUUGAAGGACUCAUUAGGGGGGAACAGCAGGACAGUUAUGAUUGCCCACAUCAGUCCUGCCAGCAUCUACUUUGAAGAAUCUCGAACCACCUUGAUCUAUGCUUAUCGAGCAAAAAACAUCAAGACAAGGGUAAAACGCAACCUGCUGAAUGUCUCCUAUCACAUUGCACAGUACACCAACAUCAUUUCAGAUCUACGCAGGGAGAUUGAGGGUCUGAAGGCAAAGAUUGAAAAUCAGGAAAAGGAGAAGAGUCCAAUCAGCUCUGACCUCAGGGAUGUACAAGGAAGAGCUGGGAGCAGAUGCUGGUCUCGUCAAGUGGAGGCACGUCAGGAUUCAGAGGCGUACAGCCAGCAAGAGAUGAACAAGUUACGGGAGCAGCUGAUUGGGGCUUUCAAGGAGCAAAUGGAGAUGCGCCGCAGCCUCAUGGAGCUGGAGAACACCAACAUUGAGCUACACAUUGAUACCUCCAGGCAUUUGCUAACGAUUGCCGACUGGGAACGAGAGAAGACUCAGCAUGCUCGGAAAUGUUAUAACAAGCUGGUGAAUGGAAAGGAAGAUGAAAACAUGGAGGAGGCAGACAGAGAAGUAGAGGGGGCAAGUUCCCCUGAACCGCAUGAAGUCACUGUAGCAAGAGAGGAGAUCAACAUGCUGUUGGCAGAGCUGCGAAAAACAGCAACCUUAAAGUCGGAGCUGGAGCAGCGCUUAGCCAAUGCCAAGAAAAAAGCCUCCCAGAUGGAGAAGCUGUUACCCAAACAAAUCACCAGUGAGGACCAGCAAGAGGUGCUGAGGCUUCUCUGCAAGGCUCAUGAGCUGGAGGUGGGGCACACGGAGUUGCAGGCGAAUGCCUUGUACAAGGAGAAUUUGCUGUGCCAAAAGGAUUUUGUCAUCCAGCGGCAGCAGCAGCACGGACUGCUCUGCGAGGAAAUCAUUCAGCAGCAGCAAAUGCUGAUCAAAGGCCAUGACAUCCCUGUCCCAGAGACGCUGGGGACGCUGUAUCAGCUGCACUGCCGUGAGCUAGAGGAGGGGACCCUGAGCCGCCUGCUCCUGCUUCACUCUGUAAUGUCGAGCACGCUGAGGGGUGGCUCUGCUCUGAAUAUAGCUCAGCAGCUGGACCUAAACAAAGAAGAGGCCAGAAAAGGGCUGUCUGGCAACAGGAAGGGUCUUCCUUCUGGAGCAAAGUUUGAGCUUCCGUCCAUUGUCUUGGAGUCAGACAGUGACAGCUGCAGAUCAUCUAAAACAACACCUGCUAGGAAACUGGGGAAUCCAGAUACCCAUCUCAGCCCUACUUUCUUUCGCUUGCCAAGAACCCCACUGCACCAGCAGAAACCAACUGGCUUUGCUGUAGGAAAGAUGACCUCCAAGCUAUGUUCCCCCACCUCCCUGGACUUAAAUAGGAGAAAGUCAGCUGCAGAGAUCGCUCUUGCCCCACUGAGUCCAGAGGCCCUGACAGAGAUUGCUGUUAGCACCAAAAGCAUCUCCCGCAUUGCAGCCAGUCGGCGUUCCAGAGCUCGACACAGAGACCAUGGGAGUGAACUCACCUUGGGGCAUUUCUUUGAGGAGGAUAUAUUGGAGCCGAAAUAUCUGCAGUCCAGCUUGACUCCAGAGCCUCACGUGAAAGACACCGUGAGUAUCGAGAGCCUCUCAGCAGAGUCCCAGAGAAAGGAGCAGCUGCACUAUGCAGCCAGGAGAGAACUGAAGAAGGAUCAAGAACGAGAGAAAUCAGUUGAGAGGAAAGCCAGGAAGAAAAGAUCUCGUUCCCUUGAACCAACCUCCCAAAAGAUCUCCAAAGCAAAGCAUCGGACUCCCUCAAGCCACAAUAUGGACAAUGUUUCUGAGGACCAGCUGCCCCGAGCUAAACUUUUCCAGCCGUUGAAGAUCAUGAGCAAUUUAUCCCAUGCCACUCCUGCUGCCACAAAGGUCAAAUUCCCCAUCAGUCACCAUACAGAAGAAAAUCCAUUACAGGUGCUGGAGAUAAGCAACACUCCCCCAAGCACCGUUCAGCAGAGCAAUGCAGGUCAGACCAGAGGCCAGGUCCUACAAAAGCGGGUCAAAGGGCCCAUAGAUGGUGCCAGCAAGCAGCCGAAGAACCAACCGAUCACAUGCUUCAAGAACCUGCCGAGGUCAAAAUAAAAUCACCAGGGAGAGCAAGAUUCCAUCUGUUCCCGAGGGACCAGGACUACAAGGGUACUAAAAAGUAGGGAGGGUUUUUCUUAAGACGCAUUUUAAGCAGUAUGCUCUGAGGCUGUGGGAAGUGGAAGGGGAGGUGUGCACACUGCAUUGGUGCUUCCCCCACAGCCUCUCUACAGUUUUUUUUUUUUUUUCACUGUGCUCCAGCUGUUAGUUUCCUUUAAGAUGAACUGCGGAUUCUUUUGUUAAUAACAUGUAAAAGAAAAGGAAACCCCAUUUGUCCAUCAGCAUUCUUAGUCCAGGAGACAGCAGUAUGGAGUCCACCAUGUGGGAUUCUGCAUGCAGCACAUCCUCUCUUUUCUGUGGAAACCUCCCACACAUGUGGGGGGGAGGGGGGAGGCUAUUUAAUUAUCAAAAGAAAUUGCACUCUUUUGAAGUAUCCCCUACCCGCUUCUCAGAGGUUUAUACACAUUGUCUUGGAGCUGCAAAAGGUGAAGCCUAUCUGGAAUGCUGCUCAGCUGAGCAGAUGUUUGGCGGUGGGAGCAGCCAGCGGCGUUCUAAGCACUUGGCCACGUGCAGAGCAUUUCAGAUCUAACAGGAGCGUGAAAAAGAGGUUUGGUGGCUGGCAGAGACUUUGUUAUGAGCUGAGUUGGAGGUGAACAAAGGCAAUGUGUUUUUCUUCUUAAAAACCAAACCCCUCUUUCCAGCAGUUCUCUCCCUGGUUUCUUGGAGGGACAUGCCUUUUGUAAAUCAAUACUAGACUUACCAUUUUCCUUUCUUAGCCCUGUUAUUUUCUUCACGUUGCAAAUAAAGUGGCACAGGGUGGCCAUUCCAUUGAAUAAAUGUUGCCUUUAUUUCCCCAAUAUGAAUAGCUUCUCUCCACACCCACUUUGCCACCUGCUUGGUAGUCAGUGCAAGCCUGUAAGGAAAUGUCAUCUUUAUGACUUCAUUCAGUUUCAAGGGGAACGUAAAUUAUGAAGGGUCUUUGUGCAGCUAAAGCACAGGACAGUGGAGUCAGGAUGCUUAGAUACUGUCCCCAGUUUGGCCACUAAUUGACUGUGCAACCUUAGGCAUGUCACUUAACCACUCUGGCCCUCUGUUUCC